AUGGAAAUGCCGAUUGGUAAAGAAGGCUCCAGGCACGUCAUCACCUUUACUGACGAUUUUUCUCGUGGCUCGUGGGCCUACGUCAUGAGAUGGAAACAUGAAGCGCUGCAGAUGUUCCGACAAUUUGAGGCCUGGGUGCACCGACAGUUCGGCGCCCGGAUCAGAAAAUUCCUCACCGACAAUGGGAGAGAAUAUUUGCCGAUCGGAACGCAUCUGGAGUCUCAAGGAGUUGAGUUUGACACCUCGCCGCCAUAUUGCAAAGGGCAGAAUGGCCUGGCCGAACGCACUAACCGCACUAUCCGGGAGCGAAUUAACACGCUCCUGUACGAUGCGAAACUUCCUCCUUCCUGGUGGACCGACCUCUUGGAAACGGUAGUCUAUCUGAAGCUGCGCGCGCCAGCAUCUAUCUUACAGAAAAAGACACCGUACGAAGUCAUCUACGGAAAGCCGCCCAAGCUGUUGCAUCUGCGACUGAUCGGCUCCCGUGCAUGGACGAAGAGUAACGGAAUCCGGAAAGCGCGAUUGGUGAUCAAAGGCUACCGACAGAAACAUGGCAUCGACUAUCACGAAACCUUCGCGGCUGUAUCCCGAAUGGAUUCGGUCCGCAGCAUCGUUGCGAGUGCGGUGCUGCGUGGGUGGAAACUCCACCAAUUCGAUGCUGUCAUUGCGUUCCUCCACGGGGAUAUCGAUUCGUCUAUCUACAUGGAGUUUCCAGAGGGCUUUGAGGAAGACGGAUACGUUUGCCGUCUUCGACGCUCCUUGUACGGACUGAAGCAGGCACCCCGGAUUUGGUACCAGUGCGUGCACCGUAUCCUGGUGGCUCACGGCUUUACCAUGGCCCAGUCCGACAAUUGUGUCUUCUUUAAGCCUAAAUGUGUCGUCUGCGUCUAUGUCGAUGACUUUCUGGUCGCAGCAGCGGAUGACGCCGAGAUCCAGCAACUCCGAAUGGCCCUGGAAUCAGAUUUCAAGCUGAAUGAUCUGGGAACCCCGCGUUCAUUCCUAGGAAUCCAAUUCGACUUCCAUGCGGAUGGAUCUAUUUCGAUUCACCAACAUCGAUACAUCCAGAAGGUGCUUUCCGACUUCUGCAUGGAGACUUGUCAACCGAAAUCCACGCCGAUAGCUCCAAAAGCUCUCCUGAAUUACCUUCCCGAAGAGAACGACCUGGAUGAAGAUGCGAAGGCUCGGUUUGGGACUGCAAUUGGGUCACUGAUGUAUCUUAUGGUCGGUACGCGUCCUGACAUCGCGUUUGCGCUCGGGGCGUUGAGUCGCUUCACAUCCCGACCGCAGUCACAUCAUCAGGCUGCACUGCAGAGACUGCUACGCUAUGUCAGGGCCACAAAAUUCUAUCGCAUCACGUACCGCAACGGGCAGUUGAUCGGGUACACAGACGCCGACUUUGGUGGCUCUGUCGUCAUUGACGGGGAAAUCGCGACGUCCACAACUCACGCCGAGUACAUUGGCCAAUAUAAUGCCAUCCUUCAUCUAGAAUGGCUCCGCACGUUUCUGGCGGAAACCCACCUGUUUCGAUCGCCGGCGACCAACGUCAUGGCUGACAAUCAAUCUGCCAUCGCCCUCUCCCGCAAUCCUGAGUUUCACAAACGGACGAAGCAUUUCAACGUGAAAUUCCAUUAUCAGCGAGCUGUUUUGAAUAAAGGAGAGAUCUGUCUUGAAUACAUCCCCACCGAGGAACAGGCAGCUGAUGGACUCACUAAGCCUCUGGGACCCUCUACAUUCACCAAGUUUUGCAACCUCUUAGGUAUUGACACGGAAGGACUCAUGAAGGUGGAUGUGUAG